UGUCAGUACACGUGCUGCAGCAUUCUGGAUCAGCUGGAGAGUCUUAAGGGACAUAUUCGGGCAGCCUGAUAUCUGAAAAGUUUUUUGGACAACAUUGUAGUCUAAACAAUGCAGUAGCUAAAAUUAUCAGGGAAUUGGUUUCUCAGAUGUUUGAGGGUAAGAAAUGUGUCCAGCUCAAUCAUAAGGUGAAAACAACACACUGCAUGUUUUGGUGGAUUUUACAAUCUAAGCCCAUUACACAUGCUGUACUUCUUUGUAUGAGUAAUGGUCAGCAGUGGGCUGUCUUGGCUUAAGCUUUAAUAAAACGGCCUCUAGGUGCAGUCACUGACCAACCACACUACUGAUUGACAGCCCACUGUGACUGCUGACUGUUCAGUGAUUAGACUAAUUUUGGUGUUUGGGUGUUUAUUUUGGCCCUCAAUUUGUCAGUUUGAUUUGAUGGGCCAAUUUUCAGCAUGCACAAAAAAGUGCCUUAAAAACAAGCACUGGCAUAGUCAGUCUUUUAUUUUUCUGAAAUAAGUGGAACAUAAUGAUGUGAGGGUGAGAUAUUGUUUAGCAACCUGUUUUGGAAGCAAGUGCAUAUUGACAUAGAUGACUUUUGAAGAAUCUUGGAACUCUGAAGAAAUAUUUUUGCUGUAUAUCUCGCUACAGGUGCCGCUCCAUUCUGCUGUUUACUCUCGCAUAUGUAAAAAUAUUUCAGGCUUUUUCUUUGCUUUUUCUCCUUUCAUUUCCUAGUUUUUGCUUAGAUGGGUUAAUGUUGCAAUGAAGGUAAAUAAGCUAGUUAUCACACACCUGUCAUAAUAAAAAUUGUAAUUGGUCAAAUAUUUCACAUCUUCUUACAUCAAUAACACCAUUAAACUUAAAUUAAAUAGGCCUUUCUCAAUGUGGACGUUUUUGGUUCGUAAUAACAGUAAAAGUAAAAGCACUGGUGUAAGUAAUAGCGCUAAUUAAGUUUCAGUGAGCCAACAGACACAAUAGUAAGGUCCUGGCACUUGCACACAGAAAUGGAAUGCUGCAAUUAUAAAUGUUAUCAGUCACAAGUGUGUUUGAGCUUUAUGGGUUAUAUGGUUUUGGAUUUAUGCUGAAGGUUAACACAAGCUCAUAGUCAUAUAAAUUACAAAAUAAAAAGAUUUACAUUGUGUAGAGCAUAAAUCACACGGUAAAUGUGGGCCCUAAGUAAAGAAAAUUUGUGGAAGACGACACUAGUCCAACCUUUGUUUGUAAAAAGGAGAGCUCAAACACCUGCGAUUAAAAACUUAAGUUGGUAAAAGAACAAAAUUUGUAACUCUGCACUUGAAUAUCAUGAAUUUAUCAUGAAGUGUGACAGCUUUUAAAGUCAUAAUUAUGUGAAAUUUUGUUACAAACCCAUGUAUUUAAAUUGAUUAGAUAGCCAUUUUAAGCAAAUACAUUAGGGCAUAUAAAAGUUCCAAAAAUUCCCAAGUGGGGUGAACUAUGGAGUUUUCUUCAGGCAUUUUAACCACAGACUAAUUCACAUUGUAAUCACUAUGUGAUUAUGGGAACACAAUGGGAACCCACUGCUUAAAAAGUCUAUUCACAUCCUGGUUUUAAAAGUCAGCACUACACUGCUGUAUUAGUGAGACUUCAGGUUCUAUGCUGAUACAUAAGAGAAUAUCAUAAUACAAUAACUGCUUAAACAUAGAUUUCGGCUAGUAUUCCUAAUGUGUCAUGAUUCCUCAAAUUACUGGCACUUUUCUUAUUAAUGCACAUUUCUCCCCUUUGUUUAUUUUUUUUAAGAAUAUUAGGUAUAUUAAUUGUGCUUGAUUGGCAUUAACAUAGCCAAGUAACAAUUUGAAAUUGCUAAUAUUGAACGCCCUGAGGGCAUCUGUGCCCCAACCCACCAGAGUACUUAUCAUGCCUUCCUCAACUGCCUGGCAGCAUUGUUGGAGAAAGCAGUGCUUGUUGGUUCUGUAAAAUACUGCUGUAUGGUAUUUGAUUUGUUUACUGUUAUGGGGAAGAUCAAAACAAUGUGCCUAAUAUACACGAAUACUGGAUUGGAAGAGCAAAACAUAGGUCCACGUCUCUGAAUGUUAUUCUGAAUAUUUAUGUGUAAACAUGAAUUUAUUUGAAUAUGUUAUUGCUUGUCGCUGUCAGCAUAUGAGCAUAUGAGAAGUCCCCAGUAUUCUGUUGUGCCUAUAGGAUGGCUACUGUAUUUUCAGCCGAGUCUGCCCCACUGGUGGAAAGUGAAUGAAUUAGCACCUCUUGUCCGGUAAGAAAUGAACCUAAUUUAUAAUCUAAUUAUGAGGAUGUCUCAGGGAUCAAAUUAGCAUUCUCUGUGUUUGCAUAUCUGGGUAAAUAUGGAAAUCAUCACGUUGUUAUUCCCAUUUUCAUUCACACAAGAGUGCACAUGAAUGUCACCUGCUUUACGGUUCAAGCAUGAUUCUAUUGUAAAUAUUGUCUCCUGUUUGGGAGGAGUGCAUUACCAGUGCUGAUCACUGAACACAUGGCUACAACUAGCCUGUUUCAAUACUCAUUCAUCUUCUGUGCUCUUAAUUUUGGUGCUCAGCCAGCCUCGAAGCCUGGAAUGGGGGGAAACAAGUAUUAAUUAACAGCAAGCCAGCGAUCACCCAGAGACUUCCUUUAAGUCUGCAUCCUGUUUCUCUCUCAGCUCUCUGAAUGAUCCCAGGCCAAAUAAUGUGCACUGAACCACGAGUGGAGCUCAUUUGGCCUUUUUAAAGGCACAAAUGUAUGUCUCUCCCAUUUAAAAUAAAUGCACUGCACAUGUUCCACAUGGCUCACUAUCACCCAUCCCUCCUUUAUUCUCCCUCUCUUUCCCUUCCCUCCCUUCUUCCCUCCCUCCCUUCCUCCAUCUCUACCCAGCCGUGGGAAGAACUGACUCUGGGAGCAGACAGUCUGCAGCCCUGAAUAAAUGUAUAAGAGGGAGAAGAGGAAGGGAGGGCACAUUAGCAGGCAGAGAGAGAGCAAGGGAGGGAGAGACUAGAGAACAUAUUGAGUGUUGGAGGACAUACAUGCACGGUGUACAGAGAUAGUGAGAUACACAGAUAGAGGGAGAAAGAGACAGAGAAGGAAACCAGUUCAGCUCAUAGGACUGAGAAAGGAGAGAGAGAAUUUUAGCUCCAUUCAACCAGCUCUCCCUCUCCUCCCAGCACAAACACAUGCUCAUACACACUCCCACCCUCUCUCCCUGACAGACACACUUGCACGCAAACACACACACACAGACACGCGCGCACACACACACAGACGCGAUUGCUUUAGGGUAUACCAGUCGGCUUUGGCAGUCCUCUCCUUUGUUGUUUUUGCUUUUGGUUAGUCUCAGCGGCAGAGCGGCGUACGCCUGUACCGCUGGGGUGGGUGCAUGCGUGUGUGUGUGUGUGUGUGUGUGUGUGUGUGUGUGUGUGUGUGUGUGUGUGUGUGUGUGUGUGGAGUCUGCGAGGCGGUUUGUGGAGGAUGCCACUAGCGGUACCCGGGUAAGUCAGCUCCUUCCUUCUUUCCCUUUCUUCUUUCCUCUUUCUGCCUUUUUUUUUCUCUUUCUUUGUGCUUUUCUUUCUUUUCGUUAUCCUCUCUGACCUGCAGUCUCUCCAUCUCGCUUGGGAUGCUUGCAUCUCUCCACCUACCGUGCACACCCGCUAUGUACAGGUCUCCUCUCUCUCCCUCUCUCUAUUUCUCUGUGCUCUCUCUGUGUGCUUUCUCUCUCCCUCAGUGUCUUUCUCGGUCUGCGUUACACCGUCUCCUCCCGACUGUGCUCUCGCCAUCCCUCCUUGCUCUCGCCUGUUUCCUCCGCUCUCUCUCUCUCUCUCUCUCCUCUCUCUCUCUCUCUCCAGGCUGUGCCUCAUUGGUGUGUCCUGAUUCCCUUUUUCCAUUAGGCUCCAGGCCUAUUGGUCGCCUGCCUUCCAACCAUUAUCUCUACUCCUCCACCCUCUGUCAUCUUUUCUCCCUUCGCUCUCCCUCCUUCCCUCAUUCCCAGUCAUCUCUCAAGUCGUAAAAAUGAUUUGCAUGCAGGAGGAGAACAGAACUUUGCAGUGAGCACAGUAAGUGAAUUGGGAGGGAGGAAUUGAGGAAGGAAAGGAAAGGCUGAAAACAGGAGAGGGAGCGCAUUCUGGAGAGCAGGAGGAAAAGUUUAAAGAGAAGACUGCAGUUGAAAAUGAGUUUGGAGGAGACGUGGUGAGCCGUUCCUCUCCAGCUGAACGUCAGUAGGUCACGGUGGUAGCAGAGGUCUGGACCAAAGAGCUGUCUCAACCCCAAACCGUUUCAGAUGGAGGUGGAUGCAGACGAUAAGCGCCAUCGCACACGCUCCAAAGUGCCUGUGGAUCCAGCAUUAACAGAGCUUUUCAGUGUGUACGGCUGCCCUCUGGCCAAGAAGAGAAAGAGUCUAGAUAGACAAACCCUGGAAACCUCGCCCAAGAGGAGCACCUACCUAGAUGACAUGGACAACUCCACCAUGGAGGAGUGCUACGAGACAGACGGAACUGAGGAGAUGGACGACAGGGAGGAAGAGGAGGAGGAAGGAGCAGUAGAGGAGGAAGAGGAAGAGGGAGAAGUGGAGGAGGAAGAAGAGGAGGUGGAAAGCUACAUGGACUACAAUGUAGAGCAAAUGGAGCAUGAAGAAGGGGAGGUGGAGAGAGGGGACAGAGAGGGUGAGGAAGAGGAGGAGGAGGAGGAGGAGGAGGAAGAGGAGGAAGAAGAGGAGGUAGAGGUGGAGCAAGAAGAGGAGGAAGAGGGUGAUGAGGAGAAGGUUGAGGAGGUAGAGGAAGAGGAGGAAGCGGUAGAGGAGGUGGACUAUGAAGAAGGAGAGGAGGAGGAAGGAGAGCAGAGUCAAGGGCAAGAGGAUGAUCAGAUGAGCAGCGGCGAGGGGGGUGAGGGUGAUGGUGGAGGUGGCGGCGGCAAUGCCAAAUCUGGCCCGAUGAUGGAGAAGGAUGACAACAACAAUGACGAGUAUGAGAACUACGAUGAACUCGUGGCCAAGUCCCUCCUCAACCUGGGCAAGAUCGCAGAAGAUGCUGCCAACCGAGCCAUGACGGAAUCUGAGAUGAACAGCAACUCCUCUAACAGUGCUGAGGAAGAAGAAGAGGAGGAGGAAGAGGAAGAGGAGGAGGAAGAGGAUGAGGAGGAUGAAGAGGAGGAGGAAGAAGACGAUGAGGAAGAGGAGGAAGAAGAAGAGGGGGAAGGGGAAGAAACACAGAGGGGUGAUCUGAGUUUGGACGUUGACAGUGAUGUGGUUCGGGAGACAGUGGACUCCCUUAAACUGCUGGCACAAGGUCACGGUGCAGUAUUAUCUGACAAUUUGGAUGGACAGGAGUUUGAGGAUGGUACAGCCGAGAAGGGGGAUGAGAAUGACUGUACUCACAAUGGGGGAAAUGCACACAAUGGUGGUAAUGGACAAGUUAAGACCACCAGUAAUGGACAAAUAGAAAACAGCGACGAGGAAGUGUGUUUAAGCAGUCUGGAGUGCCUACGGAACCAAUGCUUCGACCUUGCUCGGAAACUAAGCGAAACAAAGUCCGCUGACCGAAUUGGACCAUCCCAGCAAAAUCAUUUUUCAUGCGGGGAUCCCAAUCAACAGUCCCAGCAUCACAGCUAUGGGGAUUUCCACCACAGCCAAGACAACAGGCGGACGCUUGAUAGGAACUAUUCCGACAUGGACAAUCUCCUGAAGCUCGAGGAGCAGCUGAGCCCACGCUCCAAGGCCUUCUCCAGUUGCGCACAGGACGGCCGAUAUCACACCAACCACCGGGACUUUGAUGAGGACACAGCCUCUGUGACAUCGGACCGAUCAGAAGAAGUAUUUGACAUGACAAAGGGUAACCUGUCCCUAUUGGAGAAGGCCAUUGCACUAGAGUCAGAACGUGCCAAGGCAAUGCGGGAUAAAAUGGCAGCAGAGGCUGCCAGGAGAGACGGGGUGAGGUAUAACCAUGAAGACCAUGGCCCGCGGCAUGGCUACGGUGUUGAGCGUAAAGCCCGGCUUCCUGAUGGUAUGAAGAAGCCUUUCUACCAUAAAGAUGCUUCACGUGCAGACAAGAAGGAGAGUAGGUGUCCGACACCAGGCUGUGAUGGCACGGGUCACGUGACGGGCCUGUACCCCCACCAUCGGAGCCUGUCUGGCUGUCCGCACAAAGACAGGGUGCCACCAGAAAUUGUGGCUAUGUAUGAGAAUGUUCUUAAGUGUCCUACGCCUGGCUGCACGGGACGCGGCCAUGUCAAUAGCAACAGAAACUCCCACAGAAGUCUGUCAGGAUGUCCCAUCGCUGCAGCCGAGAAGCUGGCCAAAGCCCAGGAGAAGCACCAGGGCUGUGACGGCUCCAAGUCCAGCCAAGCGUCUGACCGAGUCUUAAGGCCUAUGUGCUUUGUCAAACAACUGGACUAUCCACAGUAUGGUUACAAGAACAAUGUUUCCACCAGCACGCCCCGCUCCAACCUGGCCAAGGAGCUGGAGAAGUACUCCAAGACCAGCUUUGACUACAGCGCCUUUGAUGGCAGUAACAACCACCAAGUGUACGGGAAACGGGCCAUCGCACCCAAAGUUCACGGACAAAGAGACACCUCCCCCAAAGGAUAUGAAGCCAAACGUUACUGCAAGAACUCCAGCUCGGCCAGCAGCACCACCAGCACCUACGCUCCCAGCAGUAGCAGCAGCAGCCUGAGCUGUGGAGGUGGAGGAGGGGGCACGGGAGGAGGCAGAGGGGGCGGGGGCAGCAGCGCCAGCAGCACCUGCAGCAAGAGCAGCUUUGACUACAGUCACGACAUGGAGGCAGCCCACAUGGCGGCCACGGCCAUCCUCAACCUGUCCACGCGCUGCCGGGAGAUGCCCCACGGCAUGGGGGGGAAGCCCCAGGACCUGUGCUCACAGAGUCCUGGUCUAGAUGUUGAUGAGAAUGGUACGUUGGACCUGAGUAUGAGCAAGCGUCUGUGCAGCGGCGGCGGCGGUGGAGGGGACUCGGUGCUCACCCCUCUAGAGCCCAUGUCUCCCCAGAGGCAAGCUGCCCUGCUGGGCUCUCGCUGCUACGGUAUGGGGGAUGCUGCCGACUGCUGGGACCUGCCUGUAGACUACACCAAGAUCAAACACAUAGACGAGGACGAGAAAGAGCCGGAUGACCUGGAUCCGUUCCACGAUCUACUGGAGGACCGCUCCUACACCACAGAUGUUAACAUGCCCAGCCCCAAGCCCAAGUAUGUCCAGUGCAAAGAGAGUAAGAAGGACCUGAUAACAUGUCCCACACCGGGGUGUGAUGGAAGUGGUCACUUGACGAGCAAUUUCGCCUCACAUCGAAGUCUCUCAGGUUGUCCUUUAGCUGAUAAAAGCAUUCGAAGUAUGCUGGCCAACAACGCGCAAGAGCUCAAGUGCCCGACACCAGGGUGCGAUGGUUCGGGACAUAUCACUGGCAACUACGCCUCACACAGAAGUCUCUCAGGGUGUCCGCGGGCCAGGAAAAGUGGGAUAAAGAUCAUCCACAGUAAAGAGAACAAGGAGGACCAGGAGCCUAUCAGGUGUCCAGUCCCAGGUUGUGACGGUCAGGGACACGUGACGGGGAAGUAUGCAUCCCACAGAAGUGCAUCAGGAUGCCCCAUAGCAGCCAAGAGACAGAAGGACGGCUACCUAAAUGGCAUCCAGUUCACAUGGAAGUCUGGCAAGACAGAGGGCAUGUCCUGCCCCACACCAGGCUGUGACGGCUCGGGUCACGUCAGCGGCAGCUUCCUGACACAUAGGAGUCUGUCGGGUUGUCCACGUGCCACCUCCGCCAUGAGGAAAGCCAGGCUCUCCGGAGUGGAAAUGCUAACAAUAAAGCAGCAACGUGCCAGCAGCGGGCUGGAGCAUGAAGACGAGAUCAAACAGCUGGAUGAAGAAAUCAAAGAUUUAAGUGAAUCAAAUUCGCAAGUGGAAGCAGACAUGAUCAAACUUAGAACACAGAUUACAACAAUGGAGUCCAACCUGAAGUCCAUAGAGGAGGAAAACAAGGUGAUUGAACAGCAAAAUGAAUCUCUCCUGCAUGAGCUGGCCAACCUCAGCCAGUCACUGAUUAACAGUUUAGCUAAUGUCCAGCUCCCUCAUAUGAAACCACUGGCACACAAAGAGCCUCCUCUAAGGAAUAACAGCUGCUUACAGUUGCACCAGCAACAGGAGCCAAUAAGUGAUCAGAACUUCGACGCCUACGUGACCACUCUAACAGAUAUGUACACAAAUCAAGACCAGUACCAGAGCCCAGAAAACAAAGCCCUGUUGGAAAACAUCAAGCAAGCUGUUCAAGGGAUCCAAGUGUAACCAUUCAACAAAGGGAGAUUUUUGUUCCUCCAGCAGGUGUGGGUGGUGUAUCAAAUCCACAUACAAACAGGCGGUGAUGGUUUGAUCUCUUCGGUUCAUUGCAGUAACUUAUAUAGUGUUAUAUAUUCUAAAUUCAGUUCUCUCAAAAAAAGAGGUAUUAUGCUUAGAAAGACCUCUAGACAAUUUUUUCUUUCUUUCUUUUCUUUUUGGGCCUUGCUUUGAGGAAGAACAUAAAAGAGUAAACGGCAAAAUAGUUUUUGAGGACAUUCACAUUUUGUACGUUUUCAUAUGAGCUGACAUAGUAUCAUGUAAUGUUUCUAGCUGCUCAUGUAUGCACAUUUUUAGUGUAUAUUUCUGAACAGUAAGCUAAUGAUAAUGGAACGUGAGUUCUUUUUAUUGCUUGACAACAAAGGAUUUUCGAUGAAAAAACUGGACAGUGAAAUAAAAAUGAAAAAAACUACAAGCAAGGAGGAAGCUAUUUGUUUUUAUCCUCACUGGAUGAUUUUGGACAUGAUGAUUUUAGAUGUUUUUUCUUCUCCUUCUUCUUCUUCUUGCGUGUAGAUUGUUCAAGAGCAAGAACUGGUUUGCAAAUUGCUUUAUUUUCUGACAAUGCUUGAGAAAUGUUUGUGAUUUGUUUUGAUGAAGAUUAAAAAAAAAAAGAUGCGUAGCUGUAGGUGGGGGCAUUUUUAAUUGGUGCUGUAAAUGAAUUCGGAGAGGAAACUGACCUGAUGUAUGUAUGAAUGUAUGUAUGAACAGUUAUAUUGUAAACAUCAUUACACGGAAACCCGAUGGUGGAAAUCCCAUUAUCUAGGAGAGACAAUUAAUUCCUAGAGGAACACAUGCUCAUCCUUAACUAAUUUCAAAUAGAAAUGAUGUGUAAAGACAAUGACCUAUAGAGACCACGUUCUAGCCUUUCUAGUAUCAAAUCUGCUCAAUUUCGAGACUUGUGUUGCUAGGAUCAAGAAAUGUCUCCGCGAUAUAAUAACUAAAUCAUUUGUUUAUUGUAGGUACGAGAUGCAAUCUGCAAAAGAAAAAAAAAAGGUUGGGUAUAUGCAAUUUCUUGUUUAUAAGCAUAACGGGGUAACAUGAAUCUUUUUAAUAUAGCCUAUGUAAAAUAUUGAUUUUUAUACAAAUCUUUUAAUACAAAAAGUCUUUUUAAAAAAGAGAAGGGAACCUGACAUUGAGUUUUAGAAGCGAAAGUAUAUGAGUUCCACUUUUUUUCUGUACGAUUUUGCACAGGGACACCUUCGUUUCCAUGUUUUGAUGUUCUUACAGAAACUAAAAGCAGUACCCGAAAGCCUAAAAGGAGGGUUUCAGAGGGUUUUGUAAAGAGUAUUUAUAGAGUAUGACAGCGGGACUUACAGGGUCACUGUCCCCACUUAUGUGCCAGUAGACUAUUUGCACUUGUCCUUGAAGAUAUUAUCAUUACGUACGGCGGUGUGCAAUUUUGCAGGUGACCUCUUUGGCACACGAUUGGAGCAACCAACUGCUUGGAGCCACUGUAGGUGUGGAUCUAGUACCACUGAGAGAGGAAGAACAGGGACUUGAAAUCAGAGAAGAGGAUGAUUAUAACCAUAGCAGUUAUACUGUAGGCUAUUAUCAAGUGUAAAAACAUUAACAAUGUUCUUUCAUUUUUGCUAUGUUUUAGGAAGAUGAAGUUAUCCCCCAGCAGCACUUUAUAUCUAAUCACUGUACAAAGGAUUAAAUAGUCAAUCAAUUCAAGGUUUUAAAAAAAGCAGAAGAAAUGGUGAACGAGACCUUCGAGGGGUGAUACAAUCCAGCGUCACGCCCGUAUGCCUGACUGUAUGCACCCCUCCAUUCUGUUGUUCUAGUUGUUAGCGAUCAUGUUCAGAAUUUGCCUUUUUGAGAGCUAAUGCAAAAGGUGCUUGUCGUUCACCUGAUUGAAUCUCAUCUAUUGUACUUUACUGUCCUCUUUCAGGACUCUACUACCCAUCAUCCAUGACUGCAUACGCCUUUUUCCACAGCAUCGUGUCUGCAGCUUUUUGCCAAUAUAGUAAUGCUUCAGUAGAGUAAUAGCUAGUACCAGUUUUUGAAUUAAUUCUCAUUAUCAGUAAAAAGGGAAAAGGGAUGUUAAAGCACAAACCGGCUGCUCGUCUGAUGUUGGUACAUAAAUAACAAAUCUGAAUAUAGUUAUCUGUGACUAUCUAUAGGGAACACAAAAAGGUUGUCACAUAUUUAGAAAGCUGACUUUUCAUAUAAAUUAUUGUGAAUUCAUCAGGUUUUAUUAUUUUAUUUGAGCCGAUUCAUUUUGAGAUUGUUUUCAGUGACCAUUAACAAAGACAGGAUUUUGUAUAAACUAUUGUGCUCUCUGUGGAACUGAAGUUUGAUUUAUUUUUGUACUACACAGCAUGGAUUUGUUGACAUUUUAAUUUUGCUAUAAAUGUGUGAGAUCACAAGUUGCUGUGAUAUUUCAUUUAUAAAUUGUGAACUUUGUACAAUUUUUGUCAUGCUGGAUGUUGACACAUCUUACUCUGAAUAAAGAAAAAAAUGUGUUGCCAGA